AUGGAGAUGAACAUGCCUGCUUUGCAUCUUUUUUUCUCCGCCUUCAUACUUUUUGCACAGGUACUACUACUCUUCUUCUCUUUUAUUGCUGCUGAAUCCAGGUGUAUCUUGUUCAACUUCGGAGACUCUAACUCAGACACCGGCGGGUUCUCCGCUGGUCUUGGCUUCUACCUCGGCCCUCCAUCCGGUCGCCUGUUCUUCCACCGAACCACAGGCCGUUUCUCCGAUGGCAGGCUGUACAUUGAUUUCCUCUGUGAAGGCUUGAAGAUCAACUAUAUGAGUCCUUACUUAGAGUCCUCUGCUCCAAACUUCACACAUGGAGUGAACUUUGCAGUGACUGGUGGUGCCACUGAUCCAACUGUUACAUUUCCUUUGUCUACUCAAGUUCUUCAGUUUCUUCACUUCAAGAAUCGAACUCGAGAGCUUUGGCCACAAGGAGCAGGCUCAUUGAUUGAUGAAAAUGGAUUCAAAGAAGCAGUUUAUUCAUUUGAUAUCGGCCAGAAUGAUAUAUCAAUAGCCUUCACUGCUAACUUGAGCUAUACACAAGUCAUUGAAAGGAUCCCCUCCAUUCUUUCCAGAAUCAAAGAUGCUCUCAAGACAAUAUACGAGAAUGGUGGUACGAAACUGUGGGUAUACAACACAGGGCCAUUGGGUUGCUUGCCCCAAACACUGGCUCUGCGGAAGAAAAACGACAGCAAAAUCGAUGAGAAUGGAUGCCUUGCAGAUUACAAUGAUGCUGCUAAAGUCUUCAAUGCUGGACUGCUUUCUCUUUGUGAUCAACUCAACUCUGAGUUCAAGAAUGCAACCAUUGUCUACACUGAUAUGUUUGCCAUAAAGUAUGAUCUUAUUGCCAACCACACGCAAUACGGCUUCGAGAGGCCACUGAUGGCAUGUUGCGGACGCGGAGGACCUCCGUAUAACUAUGUGAACAGAAUGACUUGUGGGCAGCCUACGGCAUCUCCCUGCCCUCUGGGUUCUCGCUAUGUGAGUUGGGAUGGAGUUCAUCACACCGAAGCUGCAAAUCAAUUGAUCGCUGCGAAGAUCUUGUCUUGCAAAUACUCAAGACCGAAGAUUAUGCUAACAAGUCUUUGCAAAGACUCGAAUUGAUUCAUUGUCAAACAUAAACACAAAAAACUGGAGUACAUUAAUAUAAUUUUGUUUGAUUAAAAGUUAAGUAUCUGCAGAAAACUUGCAGAAAUCUUCUUUAACUGGUUACUGUGGAUAAAAUUUGUGUUUGAUUUGAAUUAUUAAUCACAAAGGAAAGCUGCUCCUGCUGGAUUUAUUGA